AUGAUUCCGCGGCGCUCUGCCACCGCCGGGGCCCGGCCGCCAGACCUUGGGGCCGCCGGGGAAAACGCGCGCCAAAACGAUACCCCGCAUUCCGCGGACGACUGCUGGGCCUUACGGGCGCCAGGGCGCACCGCCGCCCAAAACAAGCCAAGCUCAUACGAAGAGGAAAGGACGCGGCCUGGCGAAGCGAGGAGUGCCUGGGCCCCGCCACCGAGAGCUCACCAAGGGCGCCCCCCGCGCCCGCCGGCUAAACGGUUUAUGAUUGGGGCCGCUUACUGGUCGGGAAGCGCAGAAUCUGCAAUCGCACUUCCUUUGCCGACCUUCGCCCACCAGUAUCGCGUUGCAAAACUUCGCGCGAGAAGGCAAAUUAAACCAAAACUUUUUAAAUUGGGCACAGGUAAGGAGUUAAAAGACUAUGGAAGCGCUCGCGAUGCACGCUUGCGCCCAAACCCACCCAUCGAGCAUUGGCAAAGACCUGCUUCUGGUAUGGCGCCGCUUUUUUUAGCAAGCGCGGGGUCUGAAAAACCGCGUGGGAUAACGGAGCCGCGCGCCACCCUUUAUAUUUUAUCCCAAGGCCCCUUUAUAUGCAACCUUCCGCGCUUCUCCUUCUAG